CGGUCGCGUCUCGUCUCGUCCUCGCUGCCCCCUCCUCCCCCUGCCUCGUAGUCGUCUGCGCCGGUGGCGGCGGGGGCGGGGAGGGAGCGCGGCGCCAGCGCGGCGCCGCCGCAUGCGUCGCUGAUGGAGCCGGGCUCGGGGCUGCCGCAGCGCAGGGUGGGGGGCGGCGGGCUGGACCUCGGGGCGGGCUCGGCGGGAGGGUCGCCGGCGCUCUCCGGGGGGCAGUCCCGUCGCAGGAAGCAGCCGCCGCGCCCGGCCGACUUCAAGCUGCAGGUGAUCAUCAUCGGGUCGCGGGGGGUGGGCAAGACCAGCCUCAUGGAGCGCUUCACCGACGACACCUUCUGCGAGGCUUGCAAGUCCACCGUGGGUGUUGAUUUUAAAAUCAAAACAGUAGAGCUAAGAGGAAAGAAAAUUAGAUUACAAAUCUGGGACACAGCAGGUCAGGAGAGAUUCAACAGCAUUACCUCAGCUUAUUACAGAAGUGCCAAGGGAAUUAUUUUGGUGUAUGAUAUCACCAAGAAGGAAACAUUUGAUGAUUUACCAAAAUGGAUGAAAAUGAUUGAUAAGUAUGCUUCAGAAGAUGCAGAGCUUCUAUUAGUUGGAAAUAAACUGGACUGUGAAGUUGAUCGAGAGAUAACUCGACAGCAGGGAGAAAAGUUUGCACAGCAAAUAACUGGGAUGCGGUUCUGUGAAGCAAGUGCCAAGGAUAAUUUUAAUGUGGAUGAAAUAUUUCUAAAGCUUGUGGAUGACAUUCUGAAAAAGAUGCCACUGGAUGUUAUAAGAAAUGAGUUGUCCAACAGUAUCCUGUCCCUGCAACCAGAGCCAGAAAUCCCACCAGAACUGCCUCCUCCAAGGCCACAUGUCCGUUGCUGUUGACUUGUUACUCCAUACAGAGUGAAAAAUAGGAGUGUGAGGGUAAAGAAAGUAUCUGUACUACUCUGCACUACAAUCCUUUGGCAGUUUCUUGUUGCACUUUGUUAUUCGAGUCAGAGCUACACACUAACUUGUAAAUAUGCAAAUAUGCAAUCCUGUGUAGGAUUCAGCUAUAACAUUUAAUUAUUACCCCUCUCCCUCACAAUGAUGUUUCAUACAUUGCCCCAGUGUUAUAAAUACUGUACAGUUGGUGGGGGUUUACCACACUUCCAGUCGAGGAGGAGGAGAAGUUAAAUCUAUACCUAUUCUUGACAUAAAUGUUGUAAUAGUUCUUUGUUAUUAUAAACAGGCAGGCAGAAACUCUUCUGGUAUGAAGAUAAGUAUAUGGUGCUUUGCUAACUAUUUUAAAGAGAAAUUUUUUAAAAACAGAGGACUUCAUGUACAAAGCUUCCAUAAUCAGCAUUAUGUUUCCUUUUAAUGUAGUGAAAACAUUUUUGGCUGUAGCAUCCUCUGCUGACUGGAUUUAUUGAAAAGCUAAGUUUAAUUUUUGGCAGUCUUUUAUUUAUUUUGUUUAAUGCUGCACCCUUUCUUUGUGUACCAAGACAUCACAUCUGGUGCAGAUCUAAGAUUGCACUCUGAAAUAGCAUAUAUAAUUUUCUGCGUAAGCAUAAAUUUGGUUGCAAGAAUCAUUAAGUUUCAAUAAAAGAAUGGAGAUAUAUUCAAGCUCUAAAAGAAGGUAUAAAAAACAAUGCUGCUGUCCUAGACAAAUUCUUUUAAAAAAAUAAAUAAAUUAAGAUGAUACAUUUUCCUGUGUUAAGGGAUAUAUAUGUGUAUUUGUCUGGACAUCUGUAGAGUUUGGGGGAAGGGAACCUAAGGUAAAAUUAUUUUCUUUCCUAGUGGUGGAAAUUAUUCCCAUCAAGCAAAUACUGUGUUAGGUUUUUGUCUGAUAAUGAAUUUGUGAAUUAUAUCUUUGGUAUAUCUUUUAUUAAAACACACUGUUUAGUUUAGCUAUGGUAAAUCAGUAGUUACAUAUUUGAAUAACUUGGUGUGUCCUGAAUGUUGUGGUAUUGAAAAACAUUGUGGUCUUUCUAAACUAAUGAAGUGCAAAUAAAAUUUUGUAUUUAUGAA